CUCGCCCCCACUGGGUCGCUCGCUCUCGCUCGACAAACAACUGACAACUGGAUGUGUUGUUGUGCUCGGCUCACUCGCCCCACAGUUCACCACGCCGCGUCGACUGUCACACCGGGUUUUUCUCUCUUCUAGAUCGUCUACUCAGAAUUCUACAAAUUUUUAACGAUCGAAGAGCGUCAUGGAGGAGCUCCCGGACGACGCGUUGCUGCGGGUGCUGCGGUUCGUGGACGUGCCCUCGCUGCUGACGUGCCGCCUGGUGUGCAAGAGGCUCAGGGACCUGGCGCUGCACGCGGACGCGUGGCGGCACCGCGAGUUUGGUGGCGGCUUGGUGGAGUACGUCGGCAGCUACUGCUGCAUGUGCCCCGUGCUGCGCCUGGCGCCGUGCCUGCGCGUCCUGAGGGACCCGACCUGCGUCCCCCGCCCCGCCAACACCUGCCGGUCGGCGGCGCUCGCCUGGACCUCGUGCGCCGCGGCCGAGCUGCGGCUGUACGUCAAGGACGACACGGACGCCGGCACCGCCGCCGUCGCGAUCCUCAGGCAGGAGGCGCUCGGGAGGCUCAGGCGCGUCGAGCUUGUCCUCGCUCACGGCCCGCUGCUGCAAGUCUCCGACACCAUGGCCUGCGUGCUGUUGGCGACGGUGGCAUCCACGCGUGGCUUGGAUACGAUAAAAUUUCCGUCGUUCUCACUCGAUGAUUCGAGCGUUCAAAUCGCGGCCUCCUUGUCCCUUGGCGGCGCCACACCGACCCCAUCCGUGAAGCACUUUGAGUGUGGCUACCUGAACGAGACAUUCCUGAAGUUCAUCCUGACCGCGCACUCCGCCACCCUCGAGACUGUCCGCCUUAACCUCGGCGUGUCGGGCAUGUCCUGCACGUACAUCGCGCCCCUGCUGGCCGGCCUGCCAAACCUCAGGGAGCUGUCGUGCUGGAACCUCCCCGGGCUGGAGGCCGUGGCUGCCUGCGCGUCGCUCCGGGACCUGACCCUCACUAUCAGCUCCUUGAGACGGCACCGGCGGGGGGCGGCCGCCGCGCGGACUGCCGCGUUCCUCAGUCGUGCCGUGCAGCUGCGCGAGCUGACUCUGCGCUACGGGCCCAUCAACCUCACCGCCAGCGUCUCUGGCGCCCGGGUGGGCGCGGACGCCAUCCGGGCCCUGGCCUCGACGGGGAGGUCCCGCCUGGAGACGCUGUUCCUCAUAGCCUUCGACUCGGAGGGGGAGCAGUCGCACGCCGCCCAAGUGCAAGCGCUGAUCGACGCGCUGCCGUCGCUGCCUGCCCUACGGGAACUGAGGACGUAUUUAAACGUGAAGCAGGAGAACGACGCCCUGGUGCUGUCCAUCACCCCCACCACUGCACCCGCCCUCCAGAGGGUCCAGCUGGGGCUCGCAGACGACCUGUGCGUUCACGCCUGGUUCCACGGGGACGCGUUCAAGACCGUCAUGGCGAGAAACCCCUUGCUCCAUUUCAAUCUUUACGGAAAGACGAUCUACUGUUUUAAAAAGACAUGUCCGUCAUGCGCACGAGGUUGCCACUCAGUACUGGCGGAGUGGGGAAGGAUCUACUACGUGUUCUGCCAUGAUUCGGACGAAAAAUGUCCAACAAACCACAAGACUAGAACCCACUUCUUUAUCCACUGGGUCCAUAACGAUUGAUGAGAUUGUCUGGUUAUUUGGUUUCCAUUUCCUUUGUUUGACUAUUUGUCUUAACAAUUUGUGUUUUGUUUGCUUUUGCUUUAUGGGCUGUAAAUUAAAUUAUUGCUUGUUUUGGA